CGAACUCACAAAAUAACAGUCUACGGUUCACAAUCGCCAUGGCUCCCAGAGAUGAUCAUGAUUUCAUUCUAACCAUUGACGACGAAACAAAAUUGGAGGCAACAGAAGAAGAGUAUCAGGAAGAUACUGAAGACCAGCUCCCGAACAGCAAGAAGCGGAAGAGAGAAGAGCAAGACAGCAAAACGAAGAACAAAAAAAGAGUCAAGCAAGCCAAGGCGAGUAAAGACAACUCUGAAGAAAACAAGAAAGACGAGGAAGAACUAGGAUGGGCAGACGGCGGCGAGGACGAUGGAGCGCUCGACUCAGAUUUUGAGUUUCAAGUCGGCGAAGACACUGGUGUGCUCGAGGAAUUUGACGGGUGGGAGAAGCCGAGCAACAAGGCGAAUGGUGCGACGAAAAAGGGAGUCGACCUAGACGAGAUAAUUGCUCGUCGUAAGUCGAAGCGUGCCGACUUGGACAAUCAGAGAUCACAAACGGAUAGUGCAGAUGAGAACCAGGGCGACUUUGCUGGCUUCGAUGAGGAUGAUGACGAAUUGCUACCAAGAGAUGGCUUCGGCAUGGGUGCUGUGAGCGGGAGCGAAGAUGAGAACAGUGACGAAGACGAUGCGCACGAUUCGACGGAUGGUGAAAAAGAUGCUGAAACGACUGGUCCUGAAGACAACUCAGAUGAUGAAUCCGUUGCGGAACCGAUGCCACAUCCUGAUGAUCUUGCAUCCACCACCGAUGAAUCAGCUAGCGACGAAGAAGAAGAGGAAGAGGAGGAGGAUGCUAUGGAAGCUGAACGGAGAAAGGCCUUUUUCGAGUCUGAAGCAAACGUUGAGAGACUCAAACCUGCCGCUGCAAAAUCAGGUUCUUCCUUUCAAAACAUGAAUCUAUCACGGCCUAUAUUGAAAGGUCUGGCUGCUGUGGGAUUUAGUGAUCCCACACCUAUACAACAAAAGACGAUACCCAUAGCAUUGCUCGGCAAAGAUGUUGUCGGUGGUGCUGUGACAGGCUCUGGUAAAACCGCUGCGUUCAUCAUACCUAUUCUCGAGCGACUCUUGUACCGCCCGAAAAAAAUUCCAACCACGCGAGUCGCCAUCCUCAUGCCGACACGAGAGCUUGCGGUGCAAUGUUUCAACGUAGCCAACAAGCUCGCUUCAUUUACAGAUAUCACGUUCGCCCAGAUUGUUGGUGGCUUUUCUCUUCGUGAGCAGGAGAAUAUCCUACGGCAGCGCCCGGAUGUCAUAAUUGCCACUCCCGGUCGAUUCAUUGAUCAUAUGCGAAACUCGGCAGCAUUUGCUGUAGAUACACUGGAAAUCUUGGUUCUAGAUGAAGCCGAUCGCAUGUUGGAGGAUGGUUUCGCCGAUGAGCUCAAUGAAAUUCUCACAACGAUACCAAAGUCAAGGCAGACGAUGCUAUUUUCCGCUACCAUGACGGAUAGUGUUGACAAGCUUAUUCGAGUUGGUCUGAACAAGCCAGUACGCCUUAUGGUUGACGCAAAGAAGACGACUGUAUCUGGACUUGUCCAAGAGUUUGUUCGGCUACGGCCUGGGCGGGAGAGCAAGAGGUUGGCCUGCCUUUUGUAUCUCUGCAAAGAAGUGUAUACGGAUCGAACCAUUGUCUUCUUUAGACAGAAGAAGGAAGCCCAUCGCGUGCGAGUAAUUUUCGGUCUUUGCGGGCUCAAAGCUGCUGAACUACAUGGAAGCAUGAGCCAAGAACAACGUAUUGCAGCGGUUGAAGCGUUCCGUUCUUGUCAAGUGUCCUUCCUUCUUGCCACUGAUCUUGCCUCACGUGGUCUUGACAUCAAAAAUGUUUCGACCGUAUUGAACUACGAAGCUCCGCAAACGCAUGAGAUUUAUCUACAUCGUGUUGGCCGUACCGCCCGUGCCGGUCGUUCUGGUCGUGCCUGCACUAUUGCUGCUGAGCCAGACCGCAAGGUUGUCAAAGCGGCCGUCAAAGCAGGCCGCUCGCAAGGUGCAAAAAUAGUCAGUCGUGUUCUCCCCGUUUCAGAGAUCGAUAAGUUGGAUGAUGAGAUCCGAGCCCUGGAAGACGAGGUCAAUGAAAUUCUCGAGGAAGAGAAGGAGCAGAAGCUGCUGAAUAACAUGGAGCGUGACGUAACCCGCACGGAGAACAUCAUAGUCCACCAAGACGAAAUUCUAUCCCGACCAAAGCGGACGUGGUUUGAAAGCGAACGCGAGAAACGGGCUGCGAAAGAAGCAGGAAGGCGGGAAUUAAAUGGAGUGGUCGACAGCGUCAAGGUCAAAGGCGAGAAAAAGAAAUUGAGUAAUAAAGAAAAGAAAAAACUAGAAUUAAAGGAUGAAAGACGAGCAGGCAGAACUUGGAAGAAAGGAAAGAAAGACGCGGCAGCACUAAAGACAGGAGGUACAAAAGCGUUGGCUAAGGGCAAGCACAAAAAGGAAAAGACGAAAAGCAGUAAACCUUCUAUGAGAAGGGUUAAAAAGUAAAGAACUGUUCGAACAUAUGUACCACGACCCAGAACAGUACGUUUACGAGUUCGUAUUGUGCAUUGUCCGCAAUGCGGUUAAGUAUAGAAUUCCAUGCUCGACGAAAGCAAACGAGACAAAUAGUUGAGCUACCGAAUUUGCCGCCCGUUGAACAGACAUUUUACGUUCAAUGCGAAUUGAAGAAGACAUGAGCCUUGCUAAA